CAACACCAAAACAAAAACACAAAAAAACGCACAAAAAAGAGACUGGUUUGUAAAAAUACAAAAAUAUUUCAUUCAUAUAUAUAUUUGAGUAAAUUUUUGAGUAUAAAAAAGAACAAAUGCAUUAUUCAACUAAACAAUUUGGAUUAUUCACAUUAAGUUGUAUUCUAUUAUUACAUUUAUAUUUAUUUAAAGAUGAAAUCAGAUUAUACUUUAUCCAGUGGUAUCAUCAAUUGAUUUCAUUAUUAUUAUUAUUACAAUUACAUAAUGAUUCAAUAAUAAUAAUUGGAUUCAUUUAUGGGAUAAUAAUCAUUAGUGGAUUAUAUAUCACUUAUAAAUUAUGUAAUUGGAUAUUAUGUAAUCUUAUAUAUCGUGUAUAUAAUAGUCAUAAUGAACAUGUUAAAGUUGAAUGAAUUAAAGAAGGAAUAAUAAUAAUAAUAAUAAUAAUAUAAUAAUAAUGAAGCGCUCUUUUCACCUUCACCAAGUGGUAUUUCCCACUUGGGAGAAUCUUAAACACUAGUGGUCCGUUGUAUCUUUUAGUAUGCUAUUUUGUAACGCUUCCCAAGGACGAUUUUGUGCUGUAUAUAUAUAUACGUUUUGAUUUGUGUCUGUUGUUAUCGCUUGUGUUUUUGGCUUUUUGUGGAUUAUACUUCUCCGUUCGGA